AUGAUUUUCAGUUAUUGUUUACCGAUCGAACAACAAGCAAAUGUAAUUGAAGCACAAUCUCUAAUAGGUCCAUGCUCUUCCACAAAUAGUUCAAUAUGGUAUGAUUGGAUGAAUGAUUUCUGCGCCACGAAACACGUUGUUUUACUUCUGAUUCCACUCGCAAUCUUCAUCGUUUUCUUUGCUUGUGGUUAUGCACCGUCUUCAUGGGUUAUUAAUGCGGAAAUUUAUCCCAUGUGGGCACGAAGUAUUUGCGUUAGUAUUGCCGCAGCUUGCAAUUGGUUCUUCGAUAUCGUCGCAUCCACGUCUUUCAUCCUACUCAUGAGGAAUUUCGGAACAGACUCAGCUUUCUUCAUUUAUGCAGCUCUUACAAUGGUUGCAUUCGUAUUCUUUUUCAUUUUCUUGUCCGAAACGAAAGGGACAAGUUUGGAGGAUUUGGAAAGGAUGGCUAAUGUUAACCAGGAACCUAUAACACCGUACCCCUUAUGUUCCAGUUCUUUGUUCCAGCCAUUAAAAUGUGAACAAAUGCAAACAUUUAAAUAA